AUGGCGCAGCAGGUGCCCCACCACAUCAAGCUUUUACGCCGUUCAUUAAACGAUGAUGAGUACGAGCUUCAGUUUGAGGUAACUGGACCCACUGGAGACGAGGGUCUCCCAGGCCCCCCUGGCAGGCCUGGUAGCCCUGGAACUCCUGGCUAUGAAGGGCCUCGUGGACCCCCCGGACCACCUGCUUUUGGUGUGAACUUCUUGGCUCAGAGGGCAGGUGAUAGGGUGGACUAUUGGCAGGCUGACGUGGACGAAGGGCCCGACCACGGUGGCUACGAUCGCGGAAGAUACGACUACGGAGGAGGCUAUGAUGGCAAGUCUGGAGGCGGGAAGAACAGAGGUGGCGGAUCGUAUUUUAUUCCAGGUCCCCCUGGUCGUACCGGCCCACCAGGAACUCCGGGUGGAAAGGGUCCCGAUGGACCAGCCGGACAGCAUGGCCUUGUAGGAGAACGGGGUCGCCCAGGUCCACUAGGUCCUCAAGGUUCCAUUGGUAUCCCUGGUGGCAAAGGACAAGAUGGGAAGGACGGUGAGGAUGGCAUACCUGGAGAACCUGGACUUCCUGGUCAUCAGGGUGCAAGAGGAACUCCUGGAGCUCCUGGACUGCCCGGCAUGAAGGGUCACAGGGGCAUCAAUGGAAUGAACGGACCUAAAGGAUAUUAUGGUGCUCCGGGGUCAAAGGGUGACCAAGGAUACAGUGGAACUCCCGGAUCUCCAGGAAUAAAGGGUAUCCGUGGAGGACCUGGUGAUGAUGGACCCCCUGGACCUCCAGGCCCCCCUGGUAACCGUGGAUACGAUGGCCCCUCUGGCCCCCCUGGGACUCAGGUAAUCCCUUACUGUAUAGAGUACCUGUCCACCAAUGAGGGAGAGGAGGGCCCCAAAGGGGACCCAGGUAGCCCAGGGGAUGUGGGACCACACGGGCUCAAAGGAAAGAAGGGAGCCGCCGGGGAGAGAGGAGAUGAUGGCCAGCGUGGAAAAGAUGGAAUUCCUGGACCAGUUGGAGACAUGGGAUUUCCGGGCCCCAAGGGCGAGGACGGCAAGCGAGGGCUACGUGGAUUACCAGGCCGGCCGGGACCCGAAGGGGACGUGGGGCCCAAAGGGGCUCCAGGUCCAAAAGGAGCCAAUGGAGGUCCGGGAGACUCAGGCCCCAGGGGGAAUAUGGGAGAUGAUGGAGAGAGGGGUCCACCGGGCCCUAAGGGGUUAGAUGGCAAGAGAGGCCCGGCGGGGGCCAGUGGAGACCCUGGACCACAGGGACCCCAGGGACCCAAAGGACCGAGAGGACCAAGGGGAGACCCAGGAACAAAGGGACAAGAUGGAAUAAAUGGUGGUCCGGGUUUCCAGGGGCCUAACGGUGAUCCGGGUUAUCGUGGCCAAAAAGGCGUGCCAGGAGAGAAAGGAGGAGUAGGAGAUCCUGGUCCAAAGGGUGGGGAUGGGCCUCCAGGUAUGAGAGGAGCCAAAGGGGACCCGGGUCCGGAUGGCCUCUCUGGGGCAAAAGGCGGUCCAGGAGACGAUGGCGAACAGGGUGACAGGGGUCCGAGGGGCCCCCAGGGACUGCCCGGCUUCGGGGGUAAAGGCGGUCUCCCCGGACCCAAAGGUGAUGACGGCCGCCAAGGAUUCAGAGGGUUCAAGGAGGGAGACGCAGGGCCCAAGGGUCUCGAUGGUUUCCCAGGGAAGCCGGGCAAGAACGGCCCCCCCGGACACCCCGGUCUACCCGGAGACCCAGGCCAACCAGGGCCCAAAGGUGAAGAUGGUAAUCCAGGAAUCCCCGGACCUGAGGGUGCCAAGGGGGCACAUCACAUUGAAUGA